AUGAAAUCCAUCGCAUCCAUGCCGUCUUCGUCUUCUGAUCUAGUGGGAAAUGCUUAUAGUUGUUCCUAUAAUCCGAAGCCAGCCCUUAAAAUGGGUGAAGCAUUUGUUGCUUGGUUCAAUCCAGUUGGUUCAAGCUUUUUACACUUUAUAGCUAAUAUUCUGGUCUUGAUAAGUAUUGCACGGCGUAAAGUUUUUCUUUCUCAAGGGCGACAAUCACAGUUGACAAUGUCACAUUCUCUCUAUCAACAAAUCGUCAAUCAUAGUGAAUAUUUUCUUCCACCAUUUGUAAUUCUUUUAUGUCAACUGACGAAUUUAAUCGCAUUUCAAGUAGCUCUUAAGCUUGGCUGUGUUGAAGCAAAAUUUGGUACAUGGACACAUGUGCAUCUAUUGUGUAGUUUCAUUCUUUAUGUGCCUCAGUCAUUAACAUUUGUAUUAUUUGUUUAUCCGUCGAAAAAUUAUAUGAAAAUCUUUUGGAAAGAAUCAAUUGUUGGACAUUGGAUUGAAGAGUCCAAAACGUUUUACGCAUAA